AUGCCUACUCCUUUGCUUAGGGGUCGGGAGCCACCGGUCGACAAAGUUGCCAGAGAUCCCAGGACUUCCACAACUUCUGAUUCCGAUUUCUACACGACCUUCUGUCGCAUGUACGAGCACUUCACACCCACGACCAGCGAGGUCCCUUCGGUGUGGGAUGCCGGUUCAGACUUCAUGUUUCACCCGCCACCUCCUCCGCCCCCUCCGCCCCGGCACCGACGUUCCUCCACACUGUGGGACGUUUCCGCCGCUGUGCCGAAAGAGCGGACCGAGAACGGCUGCGAGGUGCACUGGUCGAACCCUUAUGGGCCCGACCCACCUGCAGACCCGGUGGUUGAAGACUCCUUCCAAAAGGCCGACAAGCUCUCAUCAUUUUCGAGCUCAUGGCGCGAGGAAGGUCUAGCGGAUGCUCCCAAGGAGGCGUCCGAGAUGUCGGACCCUUGCAGCUCCAUCCCCCCAGUGGAGGAGCCGGCUUUCGCAGCCUUGGCAAACCUCCGCGUAUCUGCAGAAAUGCCUGGUGACAUGCCGGCAUCAUUUUCUUUGUCUGAAUACUACAGCAUGCAAGGUCCCUUGUCGCCGUGCUCGCCAGCACCAACCGAAUGCCAUGGCGGAAGAAUGGUAUUUUCUUUGCAAGAACUUACUGAGUACGACGGCAGACACGGACUGUUGUCUCCUGCGGCUACAGAGUACCCGUUCGAGCGACAGGCAUCUUUCGCGUCUACGCAAGUCGGGCCUCGAUGGACCGAGUACAACGAAGGACAGGGUUUGGCAGGAGGCUUCAGCCCCAAGUUUCCAGCUGGAUCGCCAGUCAAGCCUGACGAUCUUCUGCACGAGGACUACGACUUUCCGCUUGGGAUGCCACAUCCGGAUGACAGCACUGCCCACCAGCCCUGCCAAAAAGAAGUCAGCGAGAACUGCCUUGACAACUGCUCAUCUCAGUGGUGCGGGCUCUUCAGCUGGCACGAGUCAGCACCUGAAGCCUGCAGCCGCUGCAAGCAGGCCCUGGGAUCCUUUUGGGAUCAUCGUUGCCCGAAGUGCUCCAAUGCAGUUUGCGUGAACUGCGUUGCGAAACUCGACGGCCAGCCUUUCCGUUGCAACUGUGGGGAAGAGCCAAGAAUCGACAGCACACUCUGGAUGAUGGGAGCAUAUAACUUCGUUGUGAAUGCAUUCGAGUUCAUCACCAGCACAAAGCCUGCCGGUGCAUCCGAGGGCUACACUGCGAUGCCUUCACGGAGCCAGGCAAAUUUCGUGCCAAAUCCUCUGCUGGAACUUCGACCGGCUGCAAGCACUACACUGCCACAGCACCGGACGUUUUGUCCGGCAAGCUCGAAGGAGAUGCCUCCUGCCAAUGCACUGCCACCGCAGCAGCCUUUGCCGUCACUGUUGAGCCAUCGGCGUCGCGUCUCCCAGGUCGCGGACGUCUUCAAGACACAUCUCCCGGGGGAGAUGCCCUGCAGCCCAAUGCCUUGGUCCCCACUGCAGCCGGCACUGGCGGCCCUGACGACGCGUUGCGAGGUUUGGGGCACGGCAUUUGGAGUUGCUGCUUCGGCAUAUUUGUUGGUGUUUGACGAAGGGCUGGCUUUUAUCCUCUGGGUGUCGCUGGUGAGGCUUCGUGCAGCGUGGAUGAGAAGCUUCCAGCCGUUUCUGCCCACCACCCGCGCGGUGCUCACGCUGAGAGGCCAUCCGGAGCAGUUGCAGGUGGACUUUACCGUGAAUCCUGAGUCGACUGCGGCUCAAGCUGGAGCUCAUGGUCGGGAACCAACCGGCUUCUCCCACAGAGUGCGGGAUGGGCACGGGAAAUCGGCAUUUGUUCCGAGAGAUCCCGGCUCUUCCACCUCAACCACUGAGCGCGAUGUCGAAUAUCCGGGCAGGGCAGGCUCGUUUUAUACGGCCUUCUGUCGCAUGUACGAGCACUUCACACCCACGACCAGCGAGGUCCCUUCGGUGUGGGAUGCCGGCUCAGACUUCAUGUUUCACCCGCCACCUCCUCCGCCCCCUCCGCCUCGGCACCGACGUUCCUCUACACUGUGGGACGUUUCCGCCGCUGUGCCGAAAGAGCGGACCGAGAACGGCUGCGAGGUGCACUGGUCGAACCCUUAUGGGCCCGAUCCACCCACAGAGCUGGCACCUCCUGCAGCGAAGCAGGUAAUUGAAGAUUCAUUCCAAAAGGCCGACAAGCUCUCAUCAUUUUCGACCUCAUGGCGCGAGGAAGGUCUAGCGGAUGCUCCCAAGGAGGCGUCCGAGAUGUCGGACCCUUGCAGCUCCAUCCCCCCAGUGGAGGAGCCGGCUUUCGCAGCCUUAGCAAACCUCCGCGUAUCUGCAGAAAUGCCUGGUGACAUGCCGGCAUCAUUUUGUUUGUCUGAAUACUACAGCAUGCAAGGUCCCUUGUCGCCGUGCUCCCCCGCACCCACGGAAUGCUAUCACGCGAGCGAGAAUCCGUUUCUGCCGGCGCGUGCAGAGUGCUCCUACAACAGACUGAACCUACAAGCACCGUGGUCGCCGGUACCAACUGAGUACCCCUGCCCUAGACAGACGUCGUGGUCGCCUGCAUCAACGACUUGCGAUUAUAGGGCUUUCGAUGCUCCGCUGCCCGAGUACAACGGCGGACAGGGCUUGGCAGGAGGCUUCAGCCCCAAGUUUCCAGCUGGAUCGCCAGUCAAGCCAGAUGACCUGCUGCAUGAGGACUACGACUUUCCGUUUGGGAUGCCACCAACUGACGUCAGCGAGAACUGCCUUGACAACUGCUCAUCUCAGUGGUGCGGGCUCUUCAGCUGCCACGAGCCAGCACCUGAGUCCUGCAGCCGCUGCAAGCAGGCGCUGGGAUCCUUUUUCGAUCAUCAUUGCCCGAAGUGCUCCAAUGCAGUUUGCGUCAGCUGCAUUGCGAAGUUCAACGGCCAGCCUCUUCGUUGCAACUGUGGGGAUGCACCGAAGAUCGACAGUACGCUUUGGAUGAUCGGCGCCUACAACUCCGUUAUGAGUGCUUUCGAUUUCGUGGCCAGCCCAAAGCCUGCCGGCGCGUCCGAGGGCUACACCGCGAUGCCUUCACGGAGCGAGGUGCUUUCUGUCCCCAAUCCUCUGCUGGAACUUCCACCGGCCCCGGCUGCAAGCGCUGCAUUGACACAGCACCGGACGUUUUGUCCGGCUAGCACGAAGGAGAUGCUUCCGGCCACUGCACUGCCACCGCCACCACAGCCAAUGCCGUUGCUCUUGGGCCAUCGGCGUCGUGCCUCCCACGUCGCGGACGUCUUCAAGACGCACCUCCCGGGGGAAAUGCCCUGCAGCCCGGCCUUGGUCCCGCUGCAGCCGGCGCUGACAGCCCUGACGCGGCGCUGCGAGGCUCACGACAACUCUGAAGCCGAGGCGCUGAAGGCCAUGGAGCUUCAUGGUGGAGCUUUCGAAGGAAGCCUAGCACGUUUUUUUCAUUGCCUUCUGAACAUGCCUACCCCGUCGCUGAGUGGUCGGGAACCAAUUGGCUUCUGCCACAAAGCGCAGGAUGGGCACGGGGACUCGGCAUUUGUUCCGAGAGAUCCCGGCUCUUCCACCUCAACCACUGAGCGCGAUGUCGAACAUCCUGGCAGGGCAGGCUCGUUUUAUACGGCCUUCUGUCGCAUGUACGAGCACUUCACACCCACGACCAGCGAGGUCCCUGCGGUGUGGGAUGCCGGCUCAGACUUCAUGUUUCACCCGCCACCUCCUCCACCCCCUCCGCCCCGGCACCGACGUUGUUCCUCUCCACUCUGGGACAUUUCCGCCACUGUGCCGAAAGAGCGGCCCGAGAACGGCUUCGAGGUGCAUUGGCCGAACCCUUAUGGGCCCGACCCACCUGCAGACCCGGUGUUUGAAGAUUCCUUCCAGAAGGCCGACAAGCUUUCCACGUUUUCGAGCUCAUGGCGCGAGGAAGGUCUAGUGGAUGCUCCCAAAGAGGCGUCCGAGAUGUCGGACCCUUGCAGCUCCAUCCCCCCAGUGGAGGAGCCGGCUUUCGCAGCCUUGGCAAACCUCCGCGUAUCUGCAGAAAUGCCUGGUGACAUGCCGGCAUCAUUUUCUUUGUCUGAAUACUACAGCAUGCAAGGUCCCUUGUCGCCGUGCUCCCAUGCACCCACGGAAUGCUAUCACGCGAGCGAGAAUCCGUUUCCGCCGGCGCGUGCAGAGUGCUCCUACAACAGACUGAACCUACAAGCACCGUGGUCGCCGGUACCAACUGAGUACCCCUGCCCUAGACAGACGUCGUGGUCGCCUGCAUCAACGACUUGCGAUUAUAGGGCUUUCGAUGCUCCGCUGCCCGAGUACAACGGCGGACAGCGCUUGGCAGGAGGCUUCAGCCCCAAGUUUCCAGCUGGAUCGCCAGUCAAGCCAGAUGACCUGCUGCAUGAGGACUACGACUUUCCGUUUGGGAUGCCACCAACUGACGUCAGCGAGAGCUGCCUUGACAACUGCUCAUCUCAGUGGUGCGGGCUCUUCAGCUGCCACGAGCCAGCACCUGAGUCCUGCAGCCGCUGCAAGCAGGCCCUGGGAUCCUUUUUCGAUCAUCAUUGCCCGAAGUGCUCCAAUGCAGUUUGCGUCAGCUGCAUUGCGAAGCUCAACGGCCAGCCUCUUCGUUGCAACUGUGGGGAUGCACCGAAGAUCGACAGUACGCUUUGGAUGAUCGGCGCCUACAACUCCGUUAUGAGUGCUUUCGAUUUCGUGACCAGCGCAAAGCCUGCCGGCGCGUCCGAGGGCUACACCGCGAUGCCUUCACGGAGCGAGGUGCUUUCUGUCCCCAAUCCUCUGCUGGAACUUCCACCGGCCCCGGCUGCAAGCGCUGCAUUGACACAGCACCGGACGUUUUGUCCGGCUAGCACGAAGGAGAUGCUUCCGGCCACUGCACUGCCACCGCCACCACAGCCAAUGCCGUUGCUCUUGGGCCAUCGGCGUCGUGCCUCCCACGUCGCGGACGUCUUCAAGACGCACCUCCCGGGGGAAAUGCCCUGCAGCCCGGCGCUGAACGCCAUGGAGCCAAAAUGCUGGAGCCAUCGAAGGCUUUGGGAUGUGGGCGACAGGUCCCUUCGGUGUGGGAUGCCGGCUCCGAAUUCUUCUUUCACCCGCCGCCUCCUCCUCCCCCUCCGCCGCGGCACCGACGUACAAUGGUCGAACCCUUAUGGGCCCGACCCACCUGCAGACCCGGUGUUUGAAGAUUCCUUCCAGAAGGCCGACAAGCUUUCCGCGUUUUCGAGCUCAUGGCGCGAGGAAGGUCCAGCGGAUGCUCCCAAGGAGGCGUCCGAGAUGUCGGACCCUUGCAGCUCCAUCCCCCCAGUGGAGGAGCCGGCUUUCGCAGCCUUAGCAAACCUCCGCGUAUCUGCAGAAAUGCCUGGUGACAUGCCGGCAUCAUUUUCUUUGUCUGAAUACUACAGCAUGCAAGGUCCCUUGUCGCCGUGCUCCCCCGCACCCACGGAAUCCUAUGGCGGCAGGGUAGCAUCUCAUUCACAGGAACUUACUGAGUACGACGGCAGACACGGACUGUUGUCUCCUGCGGCUACAGAGUACCCGUUCGAGCGACAGGCAUCGUUUGCGUCUACGCAAGUCGGGCCUCGAUGGACCGAGUACAACGAAGGACAGGGCUUGGACUACGACGACGUAGUCCUCAUGCAGAAGAUCGUCAGGCUUGACUGGCGAUCCAGCUGGAAACUUGCUAGCACUGCUUUCUGCAUUGCCUUCACAGUGAAAUUUGAACAUGCCUACCCCGUCGCUGAGUGGUCGGGAACCAACCGGGCAGGCUCGUUUUAUACGGCCUUCUGUCGCAUGUACGAGCACUUCACACCCACGACCAGCGAGGUCCCUUCGGUGUGGGAUGCCGGCUCAGACUUCAUGUUUCACCCGCCACCUCCUCCGCCCCCUCCGCCCCGGCACCGACGUUCCUCUACACUGUGGGACGUUUCCGCCGCUGUGCCGAAAAAGCGGACCGAGAACGGCUACGAGGUGCAUUGGUCGAACCCUUAUGGGCCCGACCCACCCACAGAGCUGGCCCCUCCUGCAGCGAAGCAGGUAGUUGAAGAUUCAUUCCAAGAGGCCGACAAGCUCUCAUCAUUUCCGAGCUCAUUUCGCGAAGAAGGGUUGGCAGAUGCUCCCAAGGAGGCGUCCGAGAUGUCGGACCCUUGCAGCUCCAUCCCCCCAGUGGAGGAGCCGGCUUUCGCAGCCUUGGCAAACCUGCGCGUAUCUGCAGAAAUGCCUGGCGACAUGCCGGCAUCAUUUUCUUUGUCUGAAUACUACAGCAUGCAAGGUCCCUUGUCGCCGUGCUCCCCCGCACACACGGAAUGCUAUCACGCGAGCGAGAAUCCGUUUCCGCCGGCGCGUGCAGAGUGCUCCUACAACAGACUGAACCUACAAGCACCGUGGUCGCCGGUACCAACUGAGUACCCCUGCCCUAGACAGACGUCGUGGUCGCCUGCAUCAACGACUUGCGAGUAUAGGGCUUUCGAUGCUCCGCUGCCCGAGUACAACGGCGGACAGGGCUUGGCAGGAGGCUUCAGCCCCAAGUUUCCAGCUGGAUCGCCAGUCAAGCCUGACGAUCCUCUGCAUGAGGACUACGACUUUCCAUUUGGGGUGCCACCAACUGAUGACGUCAGCGAGAACUGCCUUGACAACUGCUCAUCUCAGUGGUGCGGGCUCUUCAGCUGCCACGAGCCAGCACCUGAGUCCUGCAGCCGCUGCAAGCAGGCCCUGGGAUCCUUUUUCGAUCAUCAUUGCCCGAAGUGCUCCAAUGCAGUUUGCGUCAGCUGCAUUGCGAAGCUCAACGGCCAGCCUCUUCGUUGUAAGUGUGGGGAUGCGCCGAAGAUCGACAGUACGCUCUGGAUGAUCGGCGCCUACAACUCCGUUAUGAGUGCUUUCGAUUUCGUGACUAGCCCAAAGCCCGCCGGCGUGUGCGAGGGCUACACCGCGAUGCCUUCACGGAGCGAGGUGCUUUCUGUCCCCAAUCCUCUGCUGGAACUUCCACCGGCCUCGGCUGCAAGCGCUGCAUUGACACAGCACCGGACGUUUUGUCCGGCUAGCACGAAGGAGAUGCUUCCUGUCGCGGACGUCUUCAAGACGCAUCUGCCGGGGGAAAUGCCCUGCAGCCCAACGGCCUUGAUCCCGCUGCAGCCGGCGCUGACAGCCCUGACGCGGCGCUGCGAGGCUCACGACAACUCCGAAGCCGAGGAAGCCCAGCACGUCUUCUUCAGUUGCUUGCGCGGCGACUUCGAAGAUGCCUACCCCGUCGCUUGGUGGUCGGGAACGAACUGGAGCCGGCUGGCAAACCUGCGAGUGUCCGCAGAAAUGUCCCUUGUCGCCGUGCUCCCCUGCACCAACCGAAUGCUAUGGCGGCAGAGUGGCAUUCUCUUUGCCAAAGAGAAUGUGGACUUUACCGUGAAUCCUGAGUCGACUGCGGCUCAAGCUGGAGCUCAUGGUCGGGAACCAACCGGCUUCUCCCACAGAGUGCGGGAUGGGCACGGGAAAUCGGCAUUUGUUCCGAGAGAUCCCGGCUCUUCCACCUCAACCACUGAGCGCGAUGUCGAAUAUCCGGGCAGGGCAGGCUCGUUUUAUACGGCCUUCUGUCGCAUGUACGAGCACUUCACACCCACGACCAGCGAGGUCCCUUCGGUGUGGGAUGCCGGCUCAGACUUCAUGUUUCACCCGCCACCUCCUCCGCCCCCUCCGCCUCGGCACCGACGUUCCUCUACACUGUGGGACGUUUCCGCCGCUGUGCCGAAAGAGCGGACCGAGAACGGCUGCGAGGUGCACUGGUCGAACCCUUAUGGGCCCGAUCCACCCACAGAGCUGGCACCUCCUGCAGCGAAGCAGGUAAUUGAAGAUUCAUUCCAAAAGGCCGACAAGCUCUCAUCAUUUUCGACCUCAUGGCGCGAGGAAGGUCUAGCGGAUGCUCCCAAGGAGGCGUCCGAGAUGUCGGACCCUUGCAGCUCCAUCCCCCCAGUGGAGGAGCCGGCUUUCGCAGCCUUAGCAAACCUCCGCGUAUCUGCAGAAAUGCCUGGUGACAUGCCGGCAUCAUUUUGUUUGUCUGAAUACUACAGCAUGCAAGGUCCCUUGUCGCCGUGCUCCCCCGCACCCACGGAAUGCUAUCACGCGAGCGAGAAUCCGUUUCUGCCGGCGCGUGCAGAGUGCUCCUACAACAGACUGAACCUACAAGCACCGUGGUCGCCGGUACCAACUGAGUACCCCUGCCCUAGACAGACGUCGUGGUCGCCUGCAUCAACGACUUGCGAUUAUAGGGCUUUCGAUGCUCCGCUGCCCGAGUACAACGGCGGACAGGGCUUGGCAGGAGGCUUCAGCCCCAAGUUUCCAGCUGGAUCGCCAGUCAAGCCAGAUGACCUGCUGCAUGAGGACUACGACUUUCCGUUUGGGAUGCCACCAACUGACGUCAGCGAGAACUGCCUUGACAACUGCUCAUCUCAGUGGUGCGGGCUCUUCAGCUGCCACGAGCCAGCACCUGAGUCCUGCAGCCGCUGCAAGCAGGCGCUGGGAUCCUUUUUCGAUCAUCAUUGCCCGAAGUGCUCCAAUGCAGUUUGCGUCAGCUGCAUUGCGAAGCUCAACGGCCAGCCUCUUCGUUGCAACUGUGGGGAUGCACCGAAGAUCGACAGUACGCUUUGGAUGAUCGGCGCCUACAACUCCGUUAUGAGUGCUUUCGAUUUCGUGGCCAGCCCAAAGCCUGCCGGCGCGUCCGAGGGCUACACCGCGAUGCCUUCACGGAGCGAGGUGCUUUCUGUCCCCAAUCCUCUGCUGGAACUUCCACCGGCCCCGGCUGCAAGCGCUGCAUUGACACAGCACCGGACGUUUUGUCCGGCUAGCACGAAGGAGAUGCUUCCGGCCACUGCACUGCCACCGCCACCACAGCCAAUGCCGUUGCUCUUGGGCCAUCGGCGUCGUGCCUCCCACGUCGCGGACGUCUUCAAGACGCACCUCCCGGGGGAAAUGCCCUGCAGCCCGGCCUUGGUCCCGCUGCAGCCGGCGCUGACAGCCCUGACGCGGCGCUGCGAGGCUCACGACAACUCUGAAGCCGAGGCGCUGAAGGCCAUGGAGCUUCAUGGUGGAGCUUUCGAAGGAAGCCUAGCACGUUUUUUUCAUUGCCUUCUGAACAUGCCUACCCCGUCGCUGAGUGGUCGGGAACCAAUUGGCUUCUGCCACAAAGCGCAGGAUGGGCACGGGGACUCGGCAUUUGUUCCGAGAGAUCCCGGCUCUUCCACCUCAACCACUGAGCGCGAUGUCGAACAUCCUGGCAGGGCAGGCUCGUUUUAUACGGCCUUCUGUCGCAUGUACGAGCACUUCACACCCACGACCAGCGAGGUCCCUGCGGUGUGGGAUGCCGGCUCAGACUUCAUGUUUCACCCGCCACCUCCUCCACCCCCUCCGCCCCGGCACCGACGUUGUUCCUCUCCACUCUGGGACAUUUCCGCCACUGUGCCGAAAGAGCGGCCCGAGAACGGCUUCGAGGUGCAUUGGUCGAACCCUUAUGGGCCCGACCCACCUGCAGACCCGGUGUUUGAAGAUUCCUUCCAGAAGGCCGACAAGCUUUCCACGUUUUCGAGCUCAUGGCGCGAGGAAGGUCUAGUGGAUGCUCCCAAAGAGGCGUCCGAGAUGUCGGACCCUUGCAGCUCCAUCCCCCCAGUGGAGGAGCCGGCUUUCGCAGCCUUGGCAAACCUCCGCGUAUCUGCAGAAAUGCCUGGUGACAUGCCGGCAUCAUUUUCUUUGUCUGAAUACUACAGCAUGCAAGGUCCCUUGUCGCCGUGCUCCCAUGCACCCACGGAAUGCUAUCACGCGAGCGAGAAUCCGUUUCCGCCGGCGCGUGCAGAGUGCUCCUACAACAGACUGAACCUACAAGCACCGUGGUCGCCGGUACCAACUGAGUACCCCUGCCCUAGACAGACGUCGUGGUCGCCUGCAUCAACGACUUGCGAUUAUAGGGCUUUCGAUGCUCCGCUGCCCGAGUACAACGGCGGACAGCGCUUGGCAGGAGGCUUCAGCCCCAAGUUUCCAGCUGGAUCGCCAGUCAAGCCAGAUGACCUGCUGCAUGAGGACUACGACUUUCCGUUUGGGAUGCCACCAACUGACGUCAGCGAGAGCUGCCUUGACAACUGCUCAUCUCAGUGGUGCGGGCUCUUCAGCUGCCACGAGCCAGCACCUGAGUCCUGCAGCCGCUGCAAGCAGGCCCUGGGAUCCUUUUUCGAUCAUCAUUGCCCGAAGUGCUCCAAUGCAGUUUGCGUCAGCUGCAUUGCGAAGCUCAACGGCCAGCCUCUUCGUUGCAACUGUGGGGAUGCACCGAAGAUCGACAGUACGCUUUGGAUGAUCGGCGCCUACAACUCCGUUAUGAGUGCUUUCGAUUUCGUGACCAGCGCAAAGCCUGCCGGCGCGUCCGAGGGCUACACCGCGAUGCCUUCACGGAGCGAGGUGCUUUCUGUCCCCAAUCCUCUGCUGGAACUUCCACCGGCCCCGGCUGCAAGCGCUGCAUUGACACAGCACCGGACGUUUUGUCCGGCUAGCACGAAGGAGAUGCUUCCGGCCACUGCACUGCCACCGCCACCACAGCCAAUGCCGUUGCUCUUGGGCCAUCGGCGUCGUGCCUCCCACGUCGCGGACGUCUUCAAGACGCACCUCCCGGGGGAAAUGCCCUGCAGCCCGGCGCUGAACGCCAUGGAGCCAAAAUGCUGGAGCCAUCGAAGGCUUUGGGAUGUGGGCGACAUGAACUUCAGGAGUUGA